AUGGGCAGCGUCGAGCAGUGUCCACUGCACUCCAACGUCGCUGGCGGCGGCACCAAGAACAAGGACUGGUGGCCCAACAAGCUGCGCCUCGAUGUCCUGCGCAUGCACUCGGCCUCGUCCAACCCCAACGACAAGGACUUUGACUACGCCGAGGCCUUCAAGCAGCUCGACUAUGCCGCCCUCAAGAAGGACCUCCACACCCUCAUGACAGACUCCCAGGACUGGUGGCCCGCCGACUACGGCCACUACGGCGGCCUGAUGAUCCGCAUGGCCUGGCACUCCGCCGGCACCUACCGUGUCUUCGACGGCCGCGGCGGCGGCGGCGACGGCCAGCAGCGCUUCGAGCCCCUCAACAGCUGGCCCGACAACGGCAACCUCGACAAGUCUCGCCGCCUGCUCUGGCCCAUCAAGCAGAAGUAUGGCAACAAGAUCUCCUGGGCCGACCUCAUGCUGCUCGCCGGCAACGUCGCCCUCGAGUCCAUGGGCUUCAAGCCAUUCGGCUUUGCCGGCGGCCGCCCCGACACCUGGCAGGCCGACGAGUCCGUCUACUGGGGCAGCGAGACCACCAUGUUCCCCGAGGGCAAUGACACCCGCCAUUCCAAGAUCCUCAAGGAGCUCAAGGCCACCGGGACCAUGCAAGGCGACUGGUCCAAGGACACCGACAUUCAUCACCGUGAGCUCGAGGAGCCCAUGGGCGCCACCCACAUGGGUCUUAUCUAUGUCAACCCUGUCGGUCCCGACGGCAUCCCUGACCCCCUCGCCUCCGCGAGGGACAUCCGCACCACCUUCGGCCGCAUGGCCAUGAACGACUACGAGACUGUCGCCCUCAUUGCUGGCGGCCACGCCUUCGGCAAGACCCACGGUGCUGCCCCUGACAGCAACUGCGGCCCCGCCCCCGCCGGUGCCGAGAUCAACGAGCAGGGCUUUGGCUGGCAGAGCAAGCACGGCCAGGGCAGCGCCGGCGAUGCCAUCACCUCUGGCCUCGAGGUUGUAUGGACCACCACCCCGACCAAGUGGGGCAAUGGCUACCUCACCUCUCUCUUCAACAACGAGUGGGAGAAGGAGAAGAGCCCUGGCGGUGCCUGGCAAUGGGUGGCCAAGGGUGCCGAGGCCAACAUCCCCGACCCCUUCGACCCCAGCAAGAAGCGCAAGCCGACAAUGCUGACGAGCGAUCUUGCAUUGCGUGCCGACCCCGAGUACGAGAAGAUCUCGCGUCGCUUCCUCGAGAAUCUCCCAGAGCUGGAGGACGCCUUCGGCCGUGCCUGGUUCAAGCUUUUGCACCGUGACAUGGGCCCGCUGUCCCGCUACCUCGGCCCCGAGAUUCCCAAGGAGGACUUGAUCUGGCAAGAUCCCGUGCCCAAGGUCGAUCAUCCUCUAGUCGACGACAAGGAUGUCGCCCAGCUCAAAAAGGACUUGUUGUCCGCGGGUGUGGCGCCUGACCGCCUCAUUGCAACCGCCUGGGGCGCCGCGUCGUCCUUCCGAGGCAGCGACAAGCGUGGUGGCGCCAACGGUGCACGAAUCCGCCUCGAGCCUCAGAAGAACUGGGCCGCCAACAACCCACAGCAGCUGCAGCAGGUCCUCAGCGCCAUUGAGGGCGUGCAGCAGCAGUUCAACAGCUCCGCGUCUGGUGGCAAGAAGAUUUCGCUGGCCGACGCCAUCGUGCUUGCCGGUACCGCCGCUGUCGAGAAGGGAGCCAGGGACGCCGGCCACAAUGUCACAGUGCCCUUCACCCCGGGCCGCACAGAUGCCACGCAGGAGCAGACCGAGGUCGACUCCAUCGACUACCUUGAGCCCAAGGUUGACGGCUUCCGCAACUACGGCAAGUCUUCUGCACGCGUCAAGGUCGAGGAGUAUCUCGUCGACAAGGCGAACCUUCUCAGCCUGUCCCCACCCGAGCUGACCGUCCUCGUCGGUGGUCUGCGCGCACUCAAUGCGAACUGGGACGGCAACCCCAAUGGCGUCUUCACAAAGCGCCCUGGCCAGCUGACGAAUGAUUUCUUCGUAAAUCUCCUUGAUAUGAGCACUACUUGGGUUGCAAAGGGUAAUGAUGGUGAGCUCUGGUCCGGUGUCGACCGUAAGACGGGUAGCGAGCGGUGGACUGCUACUCGCGCCGAUCUGGUGUUUGGCUCUCACUCCGAGCUCAGGGCCAUUGCCGAGGUAUAUGGCAGCUCCGACGGAGAGGCCAAAUUCAUUCGGGAUUUUGUCGCUGCAUGGAACAAGGUCAUGAUGCUCGACCGGUUUGAUGUCAAGGGAGGUCAAAAGGCCGGAGGUGCUGGAUACAGACUGUAA